AACAAGCGUUCACCACUACUUCCUGCAACCAAUAACAGCGUGUAGUUGUCGUUGGAGUUUAUACAAAAUCAAAAUGAGUUUACCGCUGAAUCCCAAACCGUUCCUGAACGGUCUUACUGGCAAGCCCGUGAUGGUGAAGCUGAAGUGGGGUAUGGAAUACAAGGGAUACCUGGUGUCCGUGGACAGCUACAUGAACAUGCAGUUGGCCAACACUGAAGAGUAUGUAGAUGGAGCGUUGGCUGGACACCUAGGAGAGGUGCUUGUCAGAUGCAACAAUGUCCUGUUCAUAAGAGGAGUAGAAGAGGAGGAAGAGGAUGGGGAAAUGAAAGAAGCUUGAAAGCUGAAUGCUUCAGCAGGCUUCUUCUACUUUCUUUAGUUUAUAUUUUUUUUUCCAUCCGGUCGCUAAUCUUGUUCACUGAAUUAGUCCUCAUUUUUUAAUGAAAAACAUCUUGUGAAAACAGUUAUGUAUUUUUUAUAUGAUGAUGAUGAUGAACCAAGCUGUUGUGCCCCUCACGGCACAAGGAUAAUAAAAUUGUGCAUAUUGCACUUUUCAGGAACA